AUGGCGACGGUUGCUCCAUCAGCAGUCCCACAGACGGAGCUGGUCUCCCCCACUCUCAAGCCUCAAGAGCUCUCCUUCCCACUGCCGAAAGCUCUCCACACGACUGGCCAUGUACAUCUGACCUUCUUGGGUCAUUGUGCCAUGGUUCAUCUUGCUACAUCAACACCGGGUGACUCGGCGGGGUCUUUCAAGCCGAUGGGGAGCUUUGUGUAUGCCAUGCCUGAUCGAACAUCAUCAAACGCAACCAUCUCGACAACACUCUACACCACGCCAUCCAGCAUUGAAUACACGACACGAGUGGCCAGGAUUCUUGCCAGACGCAUGCGACAGCCCGUCUACGUUGGGUGUAGCAUUGACCCCAAUGGACUCGGGCAGACCGUGGAAGAAGAAAUGGAGGGCCUAACGCACAUUGUGAAUUUGAUUGUCGAAAAGUAUGAAGCGCAAAAGCAGAAAUGA